UUCCGCUUGAAUUGAGCUGUUGCGCUGAGUCGUAGGAAAAGUAGGUCUGGUUCUAGACGUCCUGGUUGUAUACGGUAGUGUGUCUGUAUAGUUCUGAAAGUUGGUAGAUAUAGCCUAUCACAGUUUACUAAAAACAAUGACAAAAACCUUCAAAAUCCAUGUGGGUAAUUUAUCUAGUGACACUAGAGAAGAGGAUCUGCUACCCUUGUUUAGAAAAUAUGGGGAAGUAAUUGAAUUUAUUAUUAAAGAUUAUUUUGGAUUCCUGCAUAUGAAAGAUGAAGAAUCUGGAGCAGCUGUUUUGAAAAACUUGAAUGGUCAUCUGGUUCGUGGACAUCGUAUUAGACUUCAUAUCGCUACCAAUAAAGAUGGUCCCAGGACACAGUUAAAAAAGGAUGUGAAUGCCAACAUGGUUGAUAGAAAGGAGUCUAUACACAAAGCUGGCCAGCGUAUAUUUAAACCAAGUAGACCAAGUCCGGAACACAAACCAGAGAUAAACGCAACAAACUCGAGAAGGUCAAUCAAGGGUGUCAGCCAAGAUGCAGAUGGACCAUCUUCAACGAAUUUUCUUGUUAGAAACGUACCACCAAAAAUAAGUAUAAGGGAAAUUGAAGAACUAUUUCAGAAGUAUGGGAAGGUUAAGAAAUGUUCUUUUGAUUAUGAACAUGUGUUUGUGUGUCUCAUCUGCCCUGAUGUAGAACUCGUGCUCAGCGAGUUAAAUGGGACAAAGUUUAAAGGUCAGCACAUAGAAGUCAAAGUGACCACUAGACCAGUAAACGAACAGCCAUCGUCCCCUAGCCAAGAACAUGGUGUAAGAUUGGAGAAGAAAUGCUCCGCUUCAUUAACGUUCACUAGUGCCCUUAACAAGGCAAUUGAGGAGGGCUCCAUCAGUUCAUGCAAGGGGCUGCUUGACGCAGGAGUGACACCAAUUAAUGAGGUAUUCCCAAGAGAACUUCAUCCUCUCAUGCUAGCCAUCAAGCUGCAGCGUUCAGACAUCACCAAACUUCUGAUAAAAAACGGAGCAAAUAUUCAUGUUUUACUACCUCAAGAUAAAUUUCAUUCCUUCAAUCUGUUCACUGACAAUGGAUCUGAAUAUUUUCAAAAACACAAGGAUGGAUUGUCCUGUUAUCAACUGGCUGUCAUUUAUAGAAACAUAUUUGUUGUAAGGUGUUUUUGGCGCUUAGGGUGUUUAGUUUCUGAUGACGAUAUUCAUUUGUUGAGCGAGCUCAUAGUGCCAGGAGAUAGUUCUGUUCUUCAGCACACUGAGGAGACAAAGAAAGCUAUCAAACAACAGUUAAAUUUUCUCAAAGGGAUCGAAACUAACAAUUAUAUCCAAGUUUUUAGUGCUCUGACACAUGGAGCUGAAAUAAAAGGGCAUUCCGACAGUGUCCGAUUUCCGAUUCAUUUUGCUACCCGAAGUGGCUUUUACAACGUUCUGCAUGUUCUGGUCAACUGGACAACGGAGGUGGACUCGGUUGAUGAUCAAGGAAUGAGACCUAUCCAGAUAGCGGUGGAAGCAGGAGAUCUGAAGUGCUGUCAGAUCCUGCUGGAGAAUGGGGCUAGUUACAAUUCAGUAGAAACAAUACCUGGCUCAGAAGGUGUCAAUAAUCUGCUGGAGAAUAUAGAACAGGCCUUCUUCUUUGCCUCCAAGGGAUAUAUUGAAAUUUUGAAACUUUUUAUGCAGGUAGUUGACAAAGAAAACUAUCAUCUGCUCAAUGUAUUUCUCAAUUGCACCAACAGUGAGGGCAAAACUUUGAUAGCUGCCGCUGUUGCAAAUGGACAUUUUGAGGUAGUAAGAAAUCUUGUAAAAUUGAGGACAGGUACUUCUUUGUCUGAACUAGUGAAAGUCCAUACUCUUUAUGAAAAAAUGGUUAUGGAAUGAUAUUUUAAUAAUGAAUCCAACUAUCCAAGUACUGUCUAUUUUGUAUCUGAUUAAGCAUUAUUGUAGAACUGUAACGUGUGAAUGAAAUUUUUUUGGUAUAGGAUUUUGCACAAGUUCAGUGAUUAAGAUACAUAUCCUAAAACAAAAAGUAAGCCUUAACAAGUCUACUAAGCAAUCCCUGUCCACAUUAUUAAGUUUUAAACAUAAGUUAUGCAGAUCUCUUUGGAUUGUUUGUCUCGAAAACUUUGAUAACUCAAACAUCUUAGUAGAAGUUCACUCUCCUGUGUAACUUAGAAAACUGUAAAAUUUUGUCUUUGUUUUUUAUAUUUAAUAAACAGUAUAAUAUUUAAUCCUAAGUAGAAUUUAAAAUACUAUUAACUUUUGAUUAGACAAUGUAAUAUUAUUAAAUAAAAGGUACUUAAAAUCAUUAUUGUUUAUGUUGUUGACUAAAGGUGUAGUAUUCAAACUACUUACUGGACUUCAUUUUUUAGAAAUCUUUAUCUUCAGACAGAUAACUAGUAGUCAUGUACUUAUGUUUUAUCUAAUGGGCUUUGUCUAAUUCAUUCAUGUUUUUAACUCGUAGUUUUAAUCAUAUAGGUCAUGGUUCUUGAUCUGGAAAGCUUUCUGCCAACAGCAGUUACCCAUGAUGUUUUUCUUGGUCUAUGAGGCUUUUUAUCAUGCAGUCAACAGUAAUCACUUCAGAUAUGGUAUACUUGAUUGACAGAUUUUAUCUUUCAUGUUGUCAAUCGUAGGUACUCCAUACGUGCAUGGCCCCCACAUUACGAUUACGGGCCCUGGUCCCAGAUAUCAGUGACGGCAUCCCCCUCCCCUAUUUUCAAUCGCAUGUUAAAGUAUAAUUGCAUAAGUAUUUUUUACUAAUAAAAUUAUUAUAAUGUAAUUCAAACUGAAAAUAUAGGGUAUAAUGAUAAAUAUUUUACAAGAUUCAAGAUUUUAUUCAUCAUUAAACAUACAGUGAUGCAAUAGAUUUCGUCAAUAGUAAUAUGACACAAUUUACUUUAUCAUUGUUUGUUGAAUUCUGUUUGUAACUACUAUAUUUCAGUGAAAAUUAAAAUAAAUAUAGAAUAACAUAAUAAAUAGUUACAACACUAUAUACACUACACUGUAAUAGUUUUAGCAUUAAAAACAUAAAUUAUUAAUAGAUUUAGAGACAUACUAUAUAACCACUAUAUUUAAGUGAAAACUAAAACAAACAUUUAACAUUAUAAAUAGUUAUAACACUAUAUAAACUACAUAUUAAUUCUUUAACAUUAAAAACGUAAAUUAUUAAUAGA